UCGAAGUUUAAACUUAUUUUCAAUGCCAAUGAAUGGAGUCAAAUUACUGUUAAAGAGACCCCAUUCCACAACUCAUUGAUCGGCCACAUCCCGUUAAUCGUUGAGAAAAUAAAGGAAUACAAUCCAUAUUGUGUUUUGCGAUUCGGACACAAUCGAGUCCGUAAAACUGGGAGCCGAAAAAGAAACAGUCCAUUUUUUCAUGGGAAAGCUGUUUGCACGUUUGAUAAUUGUACAAAAUAUGAAUUCACAAUAAAAAAGUAUCCAAGGGAAGGUGCCUCCGUCAAAAUGAAAGUGAAAAUUUCGGGUACUGUGAAACAUAAGAAAGGAUGUAAAAGAAGCCGACAAGUAACAGGUGAAAGGCGAAAAGGGGUGAAGGAAGAAAUAAAGAACCAUGGACCAACGGAGACUUAUUACAGACAUUAUUCGUCUGCUGAUCAUCGACAAACUUCACAUGGAAAUUUUACAGAUAUUCCUUCAAAAGCUGCGCUUAGGCAAAUGCUACAUGAAAUUGUUCGGGAUGAAUUACUGGAUCGUGAUGUUUUCCGGGAAAUCGAAAUUGUAAAUGAAACAUUACAAAAUAUUAUGCCCGAGGGAUACGUUCAAUAUUAUGCAAAGAAACCUUUAAACAUCAUUCUUUUUACGGAAACCCAAGUCAACUUAUUCAUUGAGUCUAUAAAGUCAAAACACACAUGCUUAUUUUUAGAUGCUACAGGCUCUGUUAUAGAUAAAGUACCGGACCAAUCGGGUAAAGUUUUAUAUUAUGCACUCGUUAUAGAAGGCCAGGGGUCCACGCCAGCAGUUCCAGUUGCAGAAUUCAUCUCAAACCGACACACAGUUCCUGACAUAGCAAAUUUCCUGUCACGAUGGCAUUAUGCAGUUCAAAACACAAGUAGAAAGUAUAAUAUUCCAAACGUGAUACAAACGGAUUACAGCUGGGCGUUAAUUCACGCUGUAAUUCAAACAUUUAACAAAACUUCAACAGAACAGUAUCUUAAAAGUGUGUAUGAAGGAAACAUACCAAACUGUGUAUUGCACAUGUGUAGUGCACAUAUUCUAAAUAACAUCAAGUCUGUUGUAAAAAGUAAACCCAAAAGAAACAAACAGAUUUUAAUGGGAAUUGUAGCUCGUUUAAUUGAGUGUAAAACACUAAAUGAGAUGACUGAUAUUUUUGAAUUAGUUUGCAGUGUAUUGUUAAACAGAGAACAACCAUCUAAGAAUCAAGUGGAGCAGUUGGUUAAAAUCUCUGAAGGGGAAAUCAGCAUUUCAGAUGAAAAUCCCGAUGCCGAAUGUGACAUUCAAGAAGACCCUGAUGAAUAUAAUGACUCAGCACAAUCAAGCUGGCUGAAGCAAACACCUUAUUAUAAUCACUUCAAUAGGAUUUAUCGCAAAUACAACAUUGGUGAAAGUAAGGAAACAAAUAAUCCCUUCUUCGACAAUGAAUUCACUCAGUACCUUUUAAAUCGCCUCUUGAGUAUUGCUCCGUUAUGGUCAUCUAUGCUGAUUCCAGAAUCUCACAACACGAAUGCCGUUGUAGAAAAUUGGUUCAGAAAUGUAAAACACACAAUCCUUCAGAAAAAGUCACACCUCAGAGUUGGAACAUUCAUACGUCUAAUGGCAGCUAGCCUUCAUGGAAGAUUGGAGGAGCAGAAGUUUGAAAUGAAAGACACACAAAGCAGAAAAAAGAAGCGGAAAUCAUCCACAAAAAGUUAUGAUGACUUUAAUGCAGAAGAGAUGUGGGGCACUUCUUCGCGAAAAAAACAGGGUUAUUUUGUUAAAAGUGAGUAUUGGCGUAUUGAUUGAUUUGAUUUUUUCAUUUGUAAA